UGUCUGCCCUGAUAACCGACCGCGUGUGUUGUGGGUCUGGUGUUUCCGGCCCAGCGUGCGUACUCGUAUGCACAGAGGGUGCCGAGAUGCUCGCGGUGGUGGUUGUGUUGCUAUUCUGCCAAGCUGUCGAAGCCGAGUCGACCUGCUUGGACUCCGACGUAUUGUACGUGAGAAGGCUAGACGCGCCGAAACAGACAACUUCGAAAAGCUUCCAAGUUUUCGUGAACGCUUCUGACGUUGUUGGUGUACUGAAACCUUUCUGGAAGAGCACCGGCUUCUGCCCGCCUGAGCCGCACAAUGAUCCGGAAUUCUUCUUGGGAGAUGACAUGCAACAGAACCUCAUAUACAUCGCUUCCGUGCCUGGGUACGGAGCAACCCAGGUUAGGAUGCACUGGCUGCUUGACCUCGUGAACGCCAGCGCCUCGUCGGAGAUGGGCGGUAGUACAACGUUUGAUUUCGGUUUACUGGACACUCUGCUCGACCGCCUGCGCGCACUAGGACUUAAACCUGGGCUGGAGCUCAUGGGAAACCCUUUUCCGCGGCCGCUGGACUUCGAGAAGCGUGCUGACCUCGACCUAUGGAAGGAGCUCGUGACUGCGCUGGCUCGCCACUACCUCGAGAGAUACGACGAGGAUUACGUGACGCAGUGGAAUUUCGAGUCAUGGAACGAGCCGGAUCACAAGAGCUACGGAAGCAAUUUCACGGAACAAGGACUGUGCAACUACUACGACGCCUGCUCAGAAGGGUUGAGUGACGCGAGUCCUCUGCUGAGGCUGGGCGGUCCGGCUGAGAACCUCGCCCCGAGUCAUCGCUCGCCCCUGGCCUGGACACUUCUCGAACACUGCGAGAGCGGUGUUCGGCUGGACUUCAUCUCUUUGCACCAGAAGGGAAACGCAUCCACAGCUGACAUCGUGAAUGCGGAGAUGGCCGCCAUGUCAAGCAUCAGAGAACGAUGCCCUGGCCUCAGCACGAAACCCUGCAUUAACAACGAAGCGGAUCCCAUCAAGAACUGGGCGGAGCCAUACCCGUGGCGCGCUGACGCCACGUACGCGGCAAUGCUGGCUCGACUGGUGAAGUCACAUCUGACAGAGACCGGCUCGUGUGAGUCGCUGAGUAGCGACAACAGCUUCCUCAGUUACCCACCGCAGCCCUUCAGCCAGCGCACGCAGCUGGCGCGCUUUCGCAUGAACCUGACCGAGCCGCACGUGCUGUUCGUGCGCAAGCCCGUGCACGCGGUGCAGGCGCUGCUUGGAAAACUGGCGAGCCGUGAGGUCUCUGCAUCCGUCCAGGCUCAACAGCAGGACGAACAGGGUCCCCAGCUGGGAGUCAUCGCAACGGCAUCGGGGUCUCACUCGCUGUCGGCGCUGUUGUACUACAGCAACGAGUCCACGUGGGAGCCAGGCAUCGAAGCCAAGGUCUCUGUGCGCGCGCAGUUGGACUGGAGCACUGGAUCUUCGUGGGCUGUGUACCAGGUUGACAACCAACUGACCAAUCCGUACGCCUCCUGGGUGCGCCAGGGUUGCCCACCGUUCCCUAGCGCGCUCCAGCUGGACCACAUCAGGGCGAACGAGGAGCCCCGCCUCGUGGCAUUUGGCACCAGCGGCGCCGGCGCUGAGCUGUCGGUGGAGCUCUCGCUCCCGCUACCGUCCGCGGCCCUGGUGCUGGCGUGUGGCGCUCACGGACCGCGUCCUGCGACGCCGCGAGACGUGCGCAUUCACCGCGUGUCGCACAACCGGACGCUGCUGUACUGGCGUCAGCCGCGAGACGGAUGCACGAGCGGUUACCGGCUGCUCUUCUCGGCCCGGGCCUCCGGUCCUUACGCACCCCUGACCGAGCGGCGACCGCUGCUUCCCUUGCAGCUGAUCGACUGCGAGCUGACUCCGGCGGCGGCUGCGUGCCGCGGCCCGGGCUUCGUUCGGGUCGGCGCCCUCAGCCUGGCCGGCGGCCGCAGCGCGCUGUCGCGGCCCGUGCCCUGGCCGCGGCCGCUCUAA